CGUAGAAUUAGAGCGAUUACGAUGCUUGUUACCGAAGACUCGUCACCACUAUAUGUUGAUGAGGCGUCGUCGUCGUCUCGGUAUUCGUCGGAUGAGCCAACCCCAAGGGAAAGGUUUGGAGAUGAUUUAGAAGCUUGCGUAUUCGAUUCCGCGAUGGGAGCAAAGCCCUGCAUGGGCCGAUAUCUACUGUAUUCUUGAUUGCUGAGAGGUGACACCAUAGAGUCUCGCAUUAUCCAGUUCUGUGAUGCAGAUGGGGGCGAGACGUUGUAUUCGCCGUCCUCGCUCGGUCUCAUGGGCGUGUGCCCCGAGCGGUUUCCGGUCUUAUUUUCGUGGAAAAAAGGAAGCUGGGGAAGAGGCUUCGGGUCAACCUGUCCGGCGGACACAUCAACUCUGAGACCCGACCUCGGCAUCCUUGCCGCGCUAGAAGAUGUCGGAAUCGCACCCUCGUGAUAACGAAGACUGCUCGGAGCCAUUUGGCGCACGUCGUGUUCAACUGGCCUUCGAGAUGAAGCGCUGGACGCACAUCUGGGAGCUUCUUCUGGCCUGCUUCCGCCAGGCGAUGUCGCGCUGUUGCUGCGUAACCGGGUAGUGGUAGCAAGAUUUUGGGCAGGAGGUGCUGUUGGGAACAAUCGGCCUGAACCUGGGGUUGCCUCGAAGAUGGGUAAAGCGUUGGACAUUGGGACGACGCGCAUAACGGGUCCGGGUUUCUUUGCAGCUCUGUUUCUGGAGAAGGAAGACAUCUUGGCAGAGAUGUUGGUUUGGGAGGGUCCGGUCCCAGGCCGCUCAAUGUCAGUAUCCGAGGUCGAAGUGGAAGUGGUUGAUGUUGAGGAAGAGGAGAUGCGAUUUUUGAAUUUAGGAGAUCGAACCCAGGCGAAAGAAGCUUCGAAGAAGCCGGAAUCGGUUGGAGGCAUAGCAGCAGGCUGCAAGAGGGUGAUAGGUAUACAAAAUGCAAGCUUCCAAUACUGACCAGGGUCAGCACGAUGGCGCUGUGGCAGGGUUGACAACGCUGGGGUUUGGUGGU